GCUGAGGGCCGGGCGGGGAGGGCCGUCGGGGCCCGGGUGGCCGCGGGGACCGUGUUGCCGACUCGCGGCCCUGAGGGGUACGGGUCGCGCCUCGGGGCCGGUCCCGGGACCGGGUGCUGGGGGGUGCGGCGGAGAGGGGCCUGGAGGUGCCGGCCGAGCCCUGGGGCCUGCGAGGGUCGGGGGAGCGGGAGAGGGGCCGGGUGGGGGCUGCAGCCCUCGAGCCACCCGGGCCGCGUCUCGUCCGCUUCCCCUGCUGGGCAUCUGGGGGAAGCGGGUAGUCGCUGCCCCCACAGCGCUGCGAGUUGGGCCGUAUUCGAGAGUAAUGUGCUCUCUCCCCAUUCUGCGUCCAGGUCAGCGCUUAUCUGUAGGAUUUAGUGUUAAGCUCUGGGGUGAAGGCGUUACUGACGGGCUGAAGGGAAACUAGUUACAUCGGUUUUGAUCGUAUUCUAAAUAGGCAAUAAAAUCAUAAAUUCUCCAGGCUGACUUAGUGCUGGUCUGUGGCCCCACUGAUAAAGUUAUCGUUCGUUUCUCUGCCAGGUGUCUUAACAGCACAGAGGGCUGCUUUCAGCCUAAGUACCUUCAGUGGGCUUUCGCUCUUUUCCCUUUAUGAAGAGUAGAGACUGGCCGCUAGGCCUGGAAGCACUUAGUUUUUAGUUGAGUUGACAUUUUCCAGGAAGAUGCAGUUAUCCCCGUAAGUGGAUAAAGGGUUCUCAGUAAUUCAGAGUCUCACACGGCUUCUGCCGUAUGCCUGAGGUGUCGGCGACGGCAGUUACAGUGUGUCAGAGCCAGGUGGAGAUGUAAGACGGUCAGGCCCAGAGGAGGGGGGAGCCCAGGCUGGAAUGUGGCCUUGGGAAGAAGGAAGAGACGGGGUCUGGGAGGGCAUUUCAGAGGACUGAACAACACCAGAGGCGUGAAGCUUGGUGCACGGCAGCUGGGGGCUUUCUUAGUCCCGGAGGAAUUCGGGAUGGGGACGUGAAGAGAAAGGUGGGAGCCAGACUGUCAGUUCUCCCGGACGCCAGGCAGAGGACUUCAUCCCAGACUUCAGUGCUCCUGGACUCCAGGCAGAGGACUUUAUCCUUUCCACGCGCAUAGUGAUGGACCACAGAUGUGGAUGAAUGUGACGGGCCUGGAACAAGGCACAUAGAGAGUCUUACAUUUUCUGGCACGUCCUCAUGGUCUCUCCUUGGACUGGUUUUAUCUCCCUUUCUGUUUUGUUUGUGACCAGGCAUAAAGCAGUCACCUUCAACAGUUACAGAAUGUCUGAAGGGGACAGUGUGGGAGAGUCCGUCCAUGGGAAACCUUCGGUGGUGUACAGAUUUUUCACAAGACUUGGACAGAUUUAUCAGUCCUGGCUAGACAAGUCCACACCCUACACGGCUGUGCGAUGGGUCGUGACACUGGGCCUGAGCUUUGUCUACAUGAUUCGAGUUUACCUGCUGCAGGGUUGGUACAUUGUGACCUACGCCUUGGGGAUCUACCAUCUAAAUCUCUUCAUAGCUUUUCUUUCUCCCAAAGUGGAUCCUUCCUUAAUGGAAGACUCAGAUGACGGUCCUUCGCUACCCACCAAACAGAAUGAGGAAUUCCGUCCCUUCAUUCGAAGGCUUCCAGAGUUUAAAUUUUGGCAUGCGGCUACCAAGGGCAUCCUUGUGGCUAUGGUCUGUACUUUCUUCGACGCUUUCAACGUCCCGGUGUUCUGGCCGAUUCUGGUGAUGUACUUCAUCAUGCUCUUCUGUAUCACGAUGAAGAGGCAAAUCAAGCACAUGAUUAAGUACCGGUACAUCCCGUUCACACAUGGGAAAAGGAGGUACAGAGGCAAGGAGGAUGCCGGCAAGGCCUUCGCCAGCUAGAAGCGGGACUGAGGCUGCCUCACAUGUUGCAAGAACGGUUUUGAGCCAUUGUUAACAAUGCCUUUUUUCUUCACAUAAAGUAGUUGAUUACGAGGGAGUCAAAUUUUCUUUUUAAAAAGGAGCUUCAAUGAUUUGUAACUGAAAUAUCAGGUUCUUGAAGAAACUGGCGCUUAAACCAAAUCGCAUGGAUUUCUUUUUCAGUGACGUUCAACUGUUCCUCAUGGAUGGAAUUCUAGUCAGCUGCAGGCGGGAAGCCAGGCGGGUGGAGCCCAUGGGAGCAAGGGCGAGUGGCCGGUCCCCCCCCGUGCCAGGUGGGCAGGCAGGAGCGAGGCCUGCCAGGGAGAAACGGGCCGCUCCCCGCCAGCCACCUUCCCCACCAGCCGCAGGUGGUGCCAGCCACUCCACAGAGCCCGAGGGAUGAUCUAGCCUGAUUCCUGCGUGUCUGAAAGAACUUAACAUUUUAAAGGUGAUUGUCAAGUAACUGUGUGGGGUUCUAAUGCCAGUUUCCUAAUUGCAUCUCACUGGAGAUGUUUAAAGUUGGCUUCUAUCCUAAUGACUCGAAACUUUGUUCUUAACUACCAUGAUUGCUUUUGAGGGCCCGGAAUUAUAAAUAUAUAUUAUAUUUUAAUUGUUUGAGAUUAUUUUGACACAUUUCUUUGAUAUGUAAAGAUGUUUUGUUUUUAAUUUAAAUCUGUCCUCAUGCAGCCCUCCAUGAGGGGCAGCGAAGCUGGCAGGGAGCAGACUGGCUUUGUGGGUUCAGCACUCGGCCCCCCACUGCGGGAGAGGCGGAACCCACUUGCACGUCAGCGUUUUUGAUGCGAGCAAAGAAAUACUCUCAACAUUUUACCAAGUGAUUUUACCUCCACUUUUACUAAAGUCUAUCUAAAACAUGGCAGUUGCUGGACACAGGAAAGCCCAACUUUUGUCUGGCCUUUUCAAAAGGUGAACCCAUUUUGCACAGCAGAACAUCACAGCUGUGGUCCCAGAUGAGACACUGAGAUGCUAGUGAAGGCCUCUUCUCCUGGGCCCCGGGCUGCGCAGGCUCCUCACUCUGGGCGGUGUUUCCUGUCUUAGAAUUGACAUGGUGAAUGCUUAGUGUCUGGAUUUUCUUGUGCCAGUGUUUGCAUAUCUGACAUCGAGCUCCUCUCUUAAGAGGCCACAUUCAAGCUUGUGUGUCCCUGACCCAAAAUAGCAAGUGCUGCUCCCAGGUGGUACUUCUGGUACCGUGUUGAGACACUUGGGAUUCUCAGACUCCAGACAGUAGUGUUUGUCAUUUUUCAUACUGUUUUCUUCAUAAGCGCUCAGGCCUAAGAUGUGACAGGAAGUCGCAUGCACUUGGCCAGAGCACAGUGAAUCAAAGGACUGGGUGCUGAUGGAUGGAGCCACGGCAGAUCUGCCCACCCGGCUGCAGCCCCCAGUGCCUUUCCUGGUGAUCCUCCCAGUCUAGAGGGUCACGGCCCCCCGCCCUCCCCCAUCUCUGGCAAGCUGACCUUGACUAACCCGGGAAUACGGGGGCAUCCUCAUUCCUAAGUCAAACAGCAAGACAUGGUUUGCGCGGGUCUUUGCUGGAAGCCAGUGCUGCUGGCCAGGCAUUUUAUGUCAGCAGGGAAAUGUCGUGUACACCCUCGAGGCAUUUCAACACUGCGCUUUAGGAAAUCUCAAGUUCCAUCUCAUGUUAUUAACGUACCCACGUUUUGGUGGAGUUAGUUUAUUAAAGAUGCCUACGGCGAAGUCUCUGGCACAGGUUACAUGCAGUUUUGAAAACCUGGAAACGUCAAAUGGAGGCAGGAAAUAGGCUGGGGCCGAGCUGAGGGGCUGAACACAGCAGUUACCGUGGGUCGGCAGGUCACCUGCCCAGCAGGCCCCCAGGAGACGGCUCGGGCGCCCCUGGCAGCCCCCUGACCCCCAGUACCUGGCUCUUGAGUGCGUUUGGGUCAGGAGGAGAUCUCUCUGUGUGUCUCAGGCUGAGAUGCAGAUUUCUAUUUUCUAAAACUGGAAGCAACGUUGACGUGUAUUGAAGGUGUGUGCCAAAUGCUUCCAACAGAGGUGCUGGCCUUGGUUGGUUUCUCUCUGCCCCUGUGUGGUCAUCAAGUCCUGGUGGAUGUGCUCUGCCCAGCUACCCUCGGGGAGAGCACCACUGCCUCCGAUGGGGGCCGUGGGGCUGCUGUUCCGACCACACUGGCUGAAGCAAACCGCCAGCCUCCCGUAGCCCAUCCCAACUCAACACGCACUCAUUCAGUCCAUUGCCUUAACACAAGCCUGAUGGAACCAUUUUCUCACAAUAUAAAUGAAUAAAGUGUCUUCUGGCCUACUUCUGAA